UUUGCUACAGGGCGGGUUUUGGAAUUGAAGGUCACUCCAAGCAAGUUAUUGAUGUCCAGCUUUAAUUAGUCUGUAUGGGGCAUACCCUUAUUGGUAUUAAAGAAUAUUGACGAUUUGAUAUUCCUUAUUUGUAUUCCGGAAUUGGGAACUUCACUGGUCCUGGUUUUCUGAGCAAAAUAGCCCCGAAAUUUUUCUGGAUAUCGUCAUUUAUUUUAUGCAGGUUCUUGUAAACAAUGGACGAUCGACCAGUUAGUGGUGUAGGCGCUUACAAAAUUAAUUGGGAUGAAAUCGAUGAAAUGUCAAAUCCAUUUGGAAGUGGUGGUAUAGGUCUUCCAGCUAAAAAUCAACUUAAGUCUGUUACUAAAUCAUCCGCCCAAGGAGAUCGCCCAAACGAUAACAUAAAUCAACCAACAAAUUUAUCAGUUGACUCCAAUCCUGAGAAACUACCAAAGAAAUCUUUACAGAACCCUCAACCGCUACCCAAACCUCUCCCCAAGUCUGAUAACUCUACUGAAGUCAAGCAAUCCCUGAGUCCCCUGUCGUCUGAAGCGUCGCCUGUGGUGGUGAACGGACAGGACGUGCCUAAAGACGUCCAAAAGGGAAAUGUUCCUCAUUGUAAUGGUGAACUGCUUUCAACUCCAGUUCCCCAAUCAGUCCCAUCUCCUGAAGAGAUAUGUGAAGCAUUACAAAGUGUUAUUGAUCUACAUUCUGACAUACCUCCUGAUGUCGGUAAUAACUUAGAAGUUGCACAAGAUCAUUCUAACGAAUCCGAUCCAAGUUUAGGUGAAACUAUGGAAAAUAAUGUUGAAAACAAUAACGUUAUUCCUGAUGUUAUGCAAACUUCACGUAUUGAUUCAUCAACUCGACCAGCAUCACCAGCUCAAGCUGGAAUGCUUAACAAAUCAGAUACACCUUUAGUAAAUGGAAAAGAAAACUCUCAGCUACCUCCUCAAUAUCCGUUUAAAUCAUCACGAGAUUCUAAAUCAAAUGAUACAGAAUUAAUUGCACUACGCAAGGAACGAGAUCAACUUUUAACUACAAUUGAAGAGAUGAAACAUUGUAUCACAGAGUAUGAUCGUAGUUUACAGCAUAUGGUUGAAGAGAAAGCUCAUAGUCAAAGAGAAGUCAAUAUUCCAGUAGCUGAUUUAAUUAAAGAACGUGAUGAAGCUGUAGAAGAGUUAGCUACUAUUGAGAAAGCUUUUGGGGAUUUACACAGACGUUUUGAGAAAUCGAAACAAAUUAUAGAAGGUUUUAAACAGAAUGAAGAGGCUCUAAAAAAGAGCAUCGAUGAGUAUAAAAAUUUAUUACAACGUCAGGAAAGAAAAUAUUUAGCUUUGAAAAAACACGCUGAAGAUCAGUUGUUAAAAGUAAAUCAAGACACAGAAGGAAUAAAACAAGAAUAUGAAACAAAUCUAACUCGAUUACAGGCUUCAUUAAGAAUUUCUGAACUUCAGGUUAAGAGUCUUGAAUCUCAGUUACAGCAAAAGACUCGUGAAAAUGAAGAAUUAACUAAAAUAUGUGAUGAACUAUUAAGUAAAUACGGUGGAAUAACAUGAUAUCAUCAUGAAAAUGUUACAGAUAUUAUUUGUGUAUAAUGGAAAACAAAUGAUGAGUUUUCAAUUUAUUUUAUUUUUCAAAACAUUUUUUCCUACAUACGUAAAUCGUCUUCUUCUCGACGACGACGAAGAAAAAGAAAAUGACAAUGUAGAAUCAGAAGGAGUUAUUGAUGAAGAUAUCUACACAUAUACAUAUACAUAAAAUAGGAAGAAAUUUAUUAACUGUUAUUAUUUUUGUCCUCAUUUCCACCUCCAUUUGAAUGUGUUUGUGUGUGUAUAUUGAAAUAAACAUUUUCUCUCUUACCUAACGAUUACGCCAUUUAGCAUAUAUAUAUAUAUAUAUAUAU